GCGGGCCGAAGAUCCCCGAUCUGACGCGUUCGUGCCGCGACACGCGAUGUCAUCGGAUCCCUCAAUUCCCUAAAUCGAGACACGUUCUCCUCCAGAACACGCUUCCAGAUCAUCAACAACGACAACGACAAUGCUUGCCUUCGUGCCCUCGUCGCCGUCUGACUACACGUACGCGCCGCCAGUCUCAUCUCCGCUUGCGCCUCUCAGCACGAACAUCUAUGGCACGCGUCCGCGCCACAGCAACUACAUGAACGCUCACGAACCCGACGCGAAGCACACCAACUCCUCCUCGUCCAAGAAAGCGUCGCGCUAUUCCGAGAACAAUGCCGCACCUUCAUCGCCUUCUUUCCUAUCUUCCGUCCCGCGCUCCGAAGCCUCAAAACCUCAACCCACGAACUUCUCCGCUAGCAUAACCACGCCACCAACAACCUCGAAACUCCCUUUCUCUCAACGCUCUAUCAAACGUAAUCCACUUCAACAAGCAUCGUCCUCUUCAACUCUUCAGACCGCGCGUAGGAACAAUUACCUUCGCAAAAUCUCAGCGCAACGCGACGACAAACGCUUCGAGUCCCGAGGAGAAGAUCUCAUGCGAUUGGAUUUCUUAUCGCGACAGCGUGCGUGGGAAGCUGAUCGCGCGAGGGAAGCGGAGAAGGCGGCUUGGGGUGAGGGAAUUCUUGAAGAGGAAGAGGAGGCAUACGAAGAUGAGGAGUAUGAUCUUCCUGUCACGAGUCAAAUGGGUGCUUCGGCGUGGGGAAGCUCGGGGAUAGGAGAAGAAGAUGAGGUCGAAGAGUUCGUGAGGGAUGAGGGGAGAGAAUUGGAGGCUCUGUUGGAGAUCAUGCCGAGAGACGACGAUGCGAUGGAGGAGGAUGGCGGUGGAGACGAGACGAGCUUGUGGUCGGACGAUGCGGAUUACGACGAGCUGUUUGAGGAGAUGUUGUUAAGCCAGCAGAACCAAGAAGGCAUGGGACACAAUGUCACGGGGAGUGCGAUGUUGUCGUCACAGGCGAUGCCGGAUAUGCAACAGCAGCAACAUGAUGGCGGAGAAGACGAGAUGGACAUGUCAUGA